ACGACAGCCGGGCACGCCCGUUCUUGGAUCGUGACAAGUGGCAGCGCGGCCGCGAGGGCCUAUGCCUUCUUUCGAGCAGGGCGCAAGACGCCGCGCGCUACGAUGGUUCGGAUCUGGAUGGCGCUGGAAUCCUGCGCUGAAAACCGUUCUUUCUUCACACGGGCCCCCCGGCGGUACAUCGGGUGGGUGGGUGGUUCGUUCCGACCUUCCCAGAUUCCUGAGAUCGAGGGCGGCGAUGCCUUCUUCGGAUGACACUCCCUCCUUGUGCUCGAUGCAACCUACUGGACGCGCGCGCGGAAGGCUGUCAGCGUGUCAUCCGCGCGGCGCGCCGCCGAGCCAGAUGCGAUAACCCUGCCAUCCUGCCGAACCUCC